AUGACCAAAUCUCAGCCUCCCUGGAGAAGCAUAAGCCCAGGAAUGCACCUGCUUAGUGCCAUGCACAGGAGGAAGAAUGUGUCACUGAGCAUAAAUGGAGUUUUAUGUCUCAUGUCCUAUUCUGGUUGCCUCUGGCUUGAGGAUACUUUUUGUAGCCCAGUCGGGUCAACACACGAACCAGGAGGUGGUGGUUUCCAGCUCCAUCCCCAGGAGGGGGUGUGCGGGAGGCAGCUGAUCGAUGAUUCUUCUUCAUCACUGUUGUCUCUGUUCCUCACUCCCUCUCCUGUUCUCUCUAAAAUCAAUAAAAAUAUGUCAAAAGGGCCGAGACCAGUUUGGCUCUGUGGAUAG